CUUUAUUCUCGCGUUGCCACAACUCGUUUCUUUCUCAGUGUUUCUGACUAAAGCACCAACAACUGGACAUCGGAGGAUUUGCCUUUUUUUUUUUUAACUUUAUGAACCAUGAGAAGUUGCAGCAAAUCCCCGAUAAUUCUGAAGCUGAUUUACAUCACUUUACUCCCAGCUCUUGAGGCCCAAGAAGUCAAAGUCUCGCCUGAAGUGACGGGAGUCGUCGGGCGUGAUGUCACCCUGCCAUGCCAGUACAUCCCAAGAUCAGAUAUGGACUCUAUUAAUCAGGUUCAGUGGAUGCUCAGUCCACCAGGAGGAGAGAACAUCAUUGUUAUUGUUUCUAAUGGUCAAUUAGUUAGUGUUCAGGAUUCCUUUCUGAAGGGGAGGGUGGAGAUUGCAGAACAAUCUUUGAUCAUUCGAGAUGUGGAAAAGAACGAUUCAGGGUCGUACACCUGCACCGUUACAGCCUUUCCCACUGGCUCCUUUUCAGGAACCACCGACCUCGUUGUUCAAGACACAGACACUCUCUCAGAACAGAUGCCGUUAUCGUCAGGGGUGGUGUCUGCUAUAGUGAUCGCUGUCAUAUUGGUGUUCGUCAUCGUGGCAGCCAUAGUUUACCUCGUCUUCAUCAGACGACCUACAGUCAGUCACCGGGUCUUCAUUGAUGCAGGUGGUCCAGUGAUGGACGCGGCCAGGCCGUCUGUCAUCGUAAGAGACGAGGAUGUGGUCUACUCUCACGUCAAGCUCAGACCGUCCACAGAAGCUCCACCUCCAUCCAAUGGCAAACGCACAGCGGAUGAUGUCACGUACGCCGAGGUCUCUUUGCAUCAGAAGCCCAAAUGAGAGAAAAUG